GCUCCCCGAUACCCAAUAUCACAUUCCAACACACUUUCCGACCAUAACACAGAUAUAUAGCUGUUCUUUCCAAGUAUAUACAUUUCUUUUAAUCCGGGCACAUUCUUCAAAUCAUUCGCCAUGUCGUACUACCUUGCCAUGAUUGGUACCCAGGACAACCCCAUCUACGAGCUCGAGUUUGGAUCGUUCAGACAGGGCAACGAUGGAACAUCCAAGUUCAACCCCGAGAUGAAGGAAUUGAACCCGUUCAUCUUGCACGCCGCAUUGGAUAUCAUCGAAGACGUGCAAUGGGAGACUAACACCCUGUACCUAAAGGCCAUCGACAACUUCUAUGGCCACUUGAUCAGCGCAUACGUUACGCCGGGGAACGUCAAGUUUCUUUUGCUCCAUGAAACCAAGAAUGAGGAGGCAAUCAGACAUUUUUUUACAGACAUCAAUGACCUUUAUGUUAAGGUUUUACUCUCGCCGUUUUACAACGCCAACGACCCGAUCAUCAGUCCAUCUUUCGAUGUGAAGGUGAAGACGCUUGCUAAAAAAUACUUGUAAGGCCCCACCUUUUGAUAUGGGCCGCUGAGGCCAAUGCUGCAGAGUGUGACUAAGAGAGGCCAAACGGAGACAGGUUUCCUUUUAAUGUCCGAGCUCUCUUAAUUAAAUAUGAAUGGGCCAGAAUGACCCAAAAUAUUACUGUACAAUAAAUGAAUUCAUGUAAAUUGAACCGUG